UAAAGGAAAUGAGUGAAGGGAGGUGGUGGGUCAGUGAAGGGGAAAGAUGAGGGACAGUACAGUGAAGAGGUGAGGGGAGGGAUCUGAGCUCGUAUUUUGAAAGGAAUCGGCGCCCCAUUUCGCCUGUUUGAAAAGCCUCUCGUAGAAGUUGCUGGGUUUUUCAUGGACUGUUUUGUGAUGCAGGUGAUGGUUUUACCCGACUUCUGCACCUUGGACGGGAAAAAACACCGCCCAUGGAAACACGGUUAAUCUUCUCUGUGGCCUUGGGAAACAGUCCUAAUGGGAGUUCGAUGCGUUUAAAAAUACGGACCUUACUUUUAGACGGUGCCAUUCCUCCAUCAUUCUGUGCAAGUCUACCUUAGCACCAUCCAGUUCCACCAUCGGCAAGUCUGAGACGCCUGCCCUGAAUCUUAUUGUGUCCUACUCCAGCUUUUUUAUAACUAUCAGACUCACAAUGUACUUCUGCGAGACUGCAAGUUUUGUGCGCGUGGUGAAGGGCCUGCUGCCCGCUGAGGCGGAGCUGGAGGCGCCGACCACGGCCUUCCCCUUCCUCAAGCUGUUCCGGCGAUACAGCACCGGGACGACGAGCUUGCCCCAGCACCUGACUGACGGCGAUCACGAGGAGGGGCCGACACCUGUCAAAGACAUGUACGGAGAGAACAAACAGCACGAAAUGGAGAAUGAGGAAAGAACGGAGCUUCUUGGGCUCCUUCAGCUGGAAGAGACACACGAUGAUGAUGAUGACGAGGAGGAGGAGGAGGAGGAGAAGGAGGAGGAGGAGGAGGAGGAGGAGGAGAAGGAGAAGGAGGAGGAGGAGAAGGAGAAGGAGGAGGAGGAGGAGGAGGAGAAGGAGAAGGAGAAGGAGGAGGAGAAGGAGAAGGAGGAGGAGGAGGAGGAGAAGGAGAAGGUGGGAAUGGACCACAAAGAGCAAGACGAACUGUCUUUGUUCCUCGAGCUGAUGGAAGUAGUGAAAGCACAGGAGGAGGCGCUGAAGAAACCUCCGGACCCGGAGCAACUCACACAGGAGGAGAAGGGGGAGACGGAGGGAGUGAGCCCCAGGGAACAAGACGAGCUGUCUUCGUUCCUGGAGCUGCAGGAACUAGUGAAGGCACAGGAGGAAGCGCUGUGGCUACCUAAGGUCGGGGAGCAAAUCACACAGGAGGAGGAGGAGGAGGAAGAGGAGGGCGUGAGCCUCAGGGAACAAGACGAGCUGUCUUUGCUCCACGAACUAGUGGCGGCACAGGAAAAGGCACUACAAGAGCUGAAGGGCGCGGAGAACAUCAGGCAGAAGCCCCGCAAGAGAGUGACGUUCUCCCUGGACAACUUGGAUUUACCCGUCAAGGAGCGGGAGCUGUACGAGGGGCGGGAGUACUUCAGGUGUGGCCGCCGCCUCCUGACGCUGCGCCCCGAACUACGCCGCGAAGACAACUCCAACCCUGUGGGCGCCGCCCCGCCCAGCCGCCCCUCCCGCAUCCCAGUGCCCCGGCCCGCCAGGAGGGUCUUGACAGGGAACACAACACAACCCCCCUCCCACAACCCUCCCCAUACUCCCAUAACACCCAUCACCCGCCCAGUAGGGUCCCGCCUCCCCCUUCCCUGCCGCACCCACGCCCACGCCCCAUCCGCCAACUAAGACUAUCCCCCUAACCCUCACCCAACCAACGCCCCCCCACCCUCACCCCUCCUUCUCUUAGGUAAGAGGAAAGGUUUUAGCAAACAAGGAGUUUGCUGUGGUGUUUCUCUUUCUAUUAUUUCUACUCAUUAUUGAUCUAUUUCAUUCCUAUUACUUUUACUCGCUUGCCAGAAUAAUGAGGCAGUGAAACAGGAUCCAACAGAUGCGUGAUGCAGGUCAACUUCGACAAAUGCAACGUCCCAAGUGUGGGGAAAAUACCCACCUAAGUAAUUACGCAUUGAAUCACACAGUUCUUGACCACUCCGACUGUGAAAGGGAUUUGGGUGUGAGUGUGACCCUCGACCAAGAAAUCCCUUUUACCGCCAGAAACCUUCGCACACAGUCCUGGGUAUUAUUUCUUUAAGAGUCAGCAACCGGAGCUCAGCAACAGAAAGUCUUAGAUCGGGAGGUGGAAACAUGGAAACUCGGAUAAGCAGGUAACAGAAAAGCUUAUAGGAUUACUUAAAGGCUUCCAUACCUGUUUAGUGGUCAUUAUAGUUCCUCUGUCCUUCACAUUG